UUUUUUACACAGGAAGAUGGAUCAAAAUGAGGUGGGGAAAUGUGCAUUGGGUAAUCACUUGCUAUGUAGCCAGAGAAGGCGAAGUCGAAUAUUGAUCAUUUUCCAGAGCUUAUUACUGAAGUUACCCCUCUGACAUCAAGAAUGGACAUAAGUUAACAAUGACGGGAGAAAAGAAGAAGAAAAAGCGGCUGAACCGCAGCGUUCUUCUGGCUAAGAAAAUUAUUAUAAAAGAUGGAGGCAGUCCCCAGGGGAUGGGUGAUCCCAGUGUCUAUCAUGCUGUGGUGGUGAUCUUCCUGGAGUUCUUUGCCUGGGGGCUUCUUACUACACCCAUGCUAACGGUCUUACAUCAAACAUUCCCUCAACACACAUUCCUGAUGAAUGGGCUUAUUCACGGUGUCAAGGGUAUUUUGUCGUUCCUGAGUGCUCCUCUGAUUGGUGCGCUGUCAGAUGUAUGGGGUAGGAAGUCCUUCCUGUUGCUAACAGUCUUCUUCACCUGCGCCCCCAUCCCCCUCAUGAAGAUCAGCCCAUGGUGGUACUUUGCAGUCAUUUCCAUGUCUGGUGUGUUUGCCGUCACCUUCUCUGUGAUCUUUGCGUACGUGGCGGACAUCACGGCAGAACACGAGAGGAGCACAGCCUACGGUUUGGUGUCCGCUACCUUUGCAGCCAGCCUAGUGACGAGCCCGGCCAUUGGAGCAUACCUGUCGGAGACGUACGGUGACACCCUGGUAGUUAUCCUGGCUACGGCCAUCGCCCUACUGGACAUAAUUUUCAUCCUGGUGGUCGUCCCCGAGUCGUUGCCCGAGAAGAUGAGACCAGCCUCCUGGGGAGCACCCAUCUCCUGGGAGCAGGCUGACCCCUUCGCUUCUCUGCGGAAGGUGGGCCAGGAUUCCACGGUGCUUCUCAUCUGCAUCACAGUGUUCCUGUCUUACCUGCCUGAGGCCGGACAAUACUCCAGCUUCUUCCUCUAUCUCAGACAGGUACAAAGGUUCAGUUCAGAGACAGUAGCUGCCUUCAUAGCUGUGGUGGGCAUCCUCUCCAUUGUUGCUCAGACGAUGGUUCUGGGGAUUCUGAUGCGCUCCAUAGGGAAUAAGAACACUAUCCUACUGGGCCUAGGCUUCCAGAUACUACAGCUGGCCUGGUACGGCUUCGGAUCUCAACCAUGGAUGAUGUGGGCAGCAGGAGCGGUAGCAGCCAUGUCUAGCAUCACGUUCCCAGCCGUCAGUGCCAUCGUGUCCCGCAACGCAGACCCUGACCAGCAGGGUGUUGUCCAGGGGGUGAUAACAGGUAUCCGUGGUCUGUGUAACGGACUCGGCCCGGCCUUCUAUGGCUUUAUAUUCUACCUGUUCCAUGUGGAGCUGACUGAUCUGGACGCUGUAGACAGCCCUGGGAAAGAACCCAAACCUAACAUGGCCAACCCUGCUGAUGAGAGUUCCAUCAUCCCCGGCCCUCCCUUCCUGUUUGGGGCGUGCUCCGUACUGCUGUCUCUGUUAGUAGCCCUGUUCAUCCCAGAGCACAGUGGCCCGGGCGUCCGGCCGGGAGGCUACAAGAAACACAACAACGGGGCCCAGAGCCACUCACACAGCCCUCCCAGUAGUGGGGCCGAGGGCAAGGAGCUGCUACUGGAUGGCAGCUGUGUAUAACACCAGCCUGGGGGCACAAACUCCACACUUGCUCCCCCUGAGCCCAAACAAGUGAACUAUUACUUUCACACAUGUACCCAGAUGAGUGGCCUCUUCUUCGGGCAGGGAAGAUGCAUGUGUGUGUGUCUGAACACCUAGUGGGCUGUGAUUUAUCUGAAGCAGCUGAGUUGUGUGUGUGUGUGUGUGUGUGUGUGAGAGAGAGAGACUCUCUUGGUUGAGCUGAUCUCUGCCCUGAGAGUCUUGACAAGCAGGAAGAGGAUAAAGGAGGUGGGGAUGUAGAGUUCCUGCCAGAGGACUAUGCAUCACACCCAUAUAUCCCACAUGGGCGGGAUCUGGUUGGAGUGAAGGUCCAAGGUUAUCUGAACUGUUACUAAGCUCUGUGUGAUGUAUUUGUCCAAAAUGGCACCCUAGUCCCUUUAUAGUGCACUUCUUUUGACUAGGGAAUAGGGUACCGUUUGUGACGCAACCAAUGUAGCCAAGCAACCCACUCGGACAACAACUGUUCUUUCCCUUAGAGAUGGAGUCAACAACAUAGUUCUGCUGGCCAGUUUACAAGCUACCAAACUUCUGAUUUUAUUGUCUUAAUAUGGCAGAUGAGAAAGCAGGUCUUCCUCUGUGUGUCCAAAGCAGGGAGAGAAGUUACUGUAUGCCUCCAAAAUGACCCCUAUUCCCUUUAUAGUGCACUACUUUUGACCAGCCUCUGGUGCACUAUAAAGGGGAAAGAGGGUGCAAUUUGGGAGGCAAACACUGUAGAACAUGAGGAGAGCCUCUGAAGAUCCAUCUAAGAACCACUACCCAUCCAGAUGGGGACAGCACAAUAGACAUCCACCUUUUCAUGAUUUUUCCAGAGGGACUUGAACCUAACAUUUGACUGACCAACCUCCCAUUCCAUUGAAUAUCGCAUUUAACUGAGUUGUGUGUAAACCACUUUAGUUUUUCAAUGUUUACCUUCCUGUCGUCUGUUCCGUUAGAUUAGCAGACAGUACACGACCUUUUGGGUUGGAUAUGUUUCCUGUGUUCAUCACACACUUAAGGCUAGUUGUGUUCGAAGUUUUUAUUCCAGAGAAAUGUUGCCUUGGAAGUGACGUUGUCUUCAUAUUAAUAUAUUACAACAACCUGUAUGAAGACUGUUGUCUGACUGUCUGAGGUGGGUCUGUAAUUGUUGCUUUCGCUGCUCUUGGAGCCUUGUUCUCUAAUUCUACUCCUCAUAACCCUCUUCGAUGUGAAUCUAGGCACAACCGUAGUUAACACACAGACUGGCAUGACUUUAGUUCUGUUAACAACUUGCCCAUAGACGGUUUCUGGUUCUUUAUUCACAGUGUCUUGAGUGCUGAUCUAGGAUCAGUGUUGCCUGUUGGAUCAUAGUGAAUAUGAUUAUGGUUGGGGGACAUCCUGAGUCAAGAUCAGCAUUCCUACUGUAAGAUACUUGGUAAAGAAGUUUCCUGAGCUGUAAUGUUGGUAUCAAUGUGAGCACUGAUAUAGUUAAUAAAACGGUCUGUAGUAGUAAUAUUAUUACGUUCAGUAAAAAUUCAUCAUUUGUUCUGCGGUAGGAUAGUAGGUUAAAUGUUGUGUGGCAUUAGACAAGGCUGCAAAUGUGGUUUUAGCUCCCGUGUCUGUCCGUCUUUGACUGCAAAGGUGUUGCAGAUACUACUGUAAAUCUUUGCUAUUGAUUUUUUGUUGUUGUAAUUGAGCCUCAAGUGCAUUGAAAUAACCAAAUAGAACUGAUUGUCAAAAUGUU